GGGGCGCCGCCGAAGCCUCGCCCGCCUCCUGGGCGCCGCCGCUGGAAGAGGGGCGGCCCCGCUGCGAGGCCAGGCCAGGCCGGGCCCCGCUGGAUGCCGGGCGGGCUGGCUGGCUGGGCUCGCAGGAAACGGUGCUUGCCGGCUGCGCGGCGGGGUUGCAGCGAGGCUGAGAUUUAAUAUUAGGCUUUUCCUGCAUUUUGCUGACUCAGAUCCUGGAUUUCCAAGAAGAAGAAAGGAGAAGGACAAAUGUUGGAUGAAAAUACCAUGCUGAAAUACUAACUUCUGUUUUUUGGCUUCUCUGCGUCCUUCAUGGAGGAGCUCAAACCUACUCCAGGGCCAGUAAGAACGGGUUUCUUCUUAAUUUUUUCAUAUAUGUUGAUCGAUAAACUUAAGGGUCUCGUGGUGGAAAACGGAAAGCAGGUGACUUUGUUGUAACAACAAGCUUUCCCUACUGGUGCAAAACGGCACUUAUUUAAACGAGAGGCGCGUCAGCCAGUUGGAUGCAGGCAACAGCUGGCAGGAAUGGGAAGGCAGCUUCAUUUGGGGAUUUAAGCUCGGCUUGGAGAUGAAGAAGAGGGCUGUUGAAAUGUGGCUAUAACAGCCGAGUGGAUUCACCUCUAAAAUGAUGGCUCCUUUCAGAUGGCAAGGAACGACCUGCAAAGAUCAGCUUUGUGAUUCGGAAUAGGACCACAGCACUCCAAGGAUGCCCAGGAGAGGAUUCAUAUUUCAAGCCAGAACGCGAUGGCUUUUGGUCGGGUUAGCUUUGCUGCUGAGUCUAUUACUGAUCAUGUAUCUCCUGGAGUGCGCCCCACCAACCGAAAACAACCGAUCGCUUCCUGGCCUCAGCGGGGAUCAUUUCGGUAAGGAGCAUUACCAGGCCCUUCUUCAAGAACAGGAAGAACACUACCAAGACAGGGCCGCCAGCCUGAAGCGUCAGAUCGCCCAACUGAAGCUGGAACUUCAAGAGGUGAGUGAGAAAUUGAAGCUCUUGCAGGAUAAGAAAAACCCCAAAGUCCAGAGCAUGGGCUCGCCGGGCAUCAAGGAACAAACGUCCAACGACCUCUUAGAAUACUUGCAUUCCCAAAUAGACAAAGCCGAAGUGAGCAUCGGCGCCAAGCUGCCCAGCGAAUACGCCGUGAUCCCUUUUGAGAGUUUUACCUCCAUGAAGGUGUACCAGUUGGAGAUGGGACUCACCCGUCACCCGGAGGAGAAGCCUGUCCGGAAAGAUAAGCGGGAUGAGUUGGUGGAAGUGAUUGAGGCGGGCCUGGAGGUGAUCAAUAAUCCUGACGAAGAAGGACAAGAGGAAGACGACGGAAUUGGGGAGCGGCAGCUUUACAGCGAAAGUGAUUUUGUAGAAGGUUAUUACCGCACGGAGAGAGACAAAGGCUCCCAGUAUGAAUUAUUCUACAAGAAAGCAGACGAAAUGGAAUACCGACACGUUUCGCUGUUUCGUCCGUUUGGUCCUCUUAUGAAAGUGAAGACAGAGACGGUGGACAUCUCCCGGUCAAUGAUCAAUAUCAUAGUUCCUCUAGCGGGAAGGACGGAGGUUUUUGCCCAAUUCAUGCAAAAUUUCAAGGACGUUUGCAUUAAUCAAGACAAGCGGAUUCAUCUCACCGUGGUAUAUUUUGGACAGGAGGGGCUUUCCGAAGUCAAAAGCAUCUUAGAAUCGGUUGCGAGAGAGGCUGACUUCCAUAACUACACUCUGGUUUCUCUGAAUGAGGAAUUCAACCGUGGCCAAGGACUGGAUGUGGGUGCCCGAGCUUGGGAGAAAGGGGAAGUCUUGAUGUUCUUCUGCGAUGUGGAUAUUUAUUUCACGGCUGAGUUUCUGAACAGCUGUCGCCUGAAUACAGAACCAGGCAAGAAGGUUUUUUAUCCGGUGGUUUUCAGCCUUUAUAAUCCUGCCAUUGUCUACGCUAAUCAAGAUGGGCCACCUCCAGUGGAACAGCAAUUGGUCCACAAAAAAGAUUCCGGAUUCUGGAGAGAUUUUGGCUUUGGGAUGAUGUGUCAGUAUCGAACAGAUUUCUUGGCCAUUGGAGGCUUCGAUCUGGAAGUCAAAGGGUGGGGCGGAGAAGACGUUCACCUCUACCGGAAGUAUCUGCACAGCAGCCUGAUGGUAGUCAGAACCCCGGUGCCUGGACUCUUUCACCUUUGGCACGAGAAGCACUGUGCCGACGAAUUGACUCCCGAGCAAUACCGCAUGUGCAUCCAGUCGAAAGCCAUGAACGAGGCCUCUCACUCGCACCUUGGCAUGCUUGUUUUCCGUGAGGAGAUCGAAACCCAUCUGCGUAAGCAAGCCUACAAGACUGACAGUGAAGCCAUUGGCUAGAACGAUCCUUGGGGGCAACCUUCAGACCCCCAUAGCUGCUAUGAACCAGGUUUGGUUCGGAAGCCUUAAUUAACUCAGCUUACAAACAUGCAGUGCCUCUCCUCUCUCUCUCUGUCUCUCUGAGUCGAAAGAUCGCUUUCUGCGGCUAGGUAUCACCAAGGUCCUCACCAGAGGAGGCGUUCACCCAAAAGGGGCAUCUUACCCUUCACUUCGACAAGAUGGACGGUACACGUGAGGUGGAGUGGAGAGAAGCAAACCGUCUCUGUUCCACUUUCCACUUUUGAUAGCUUGGGUUCUCCAACCUGCAUUCCACAAAGGUGUGGAUCACACCUCUCCAUUUUCUGCGGUUAUUCUGCAUUGUUCCUUUUCUUCUUCUUUUUCUAAGAACGGACACGGUACAUAUCCCUUCAAUGCAGGGGUGAAACCCACUUACCCUUGUUACUGGUUCAGUAGCAAUGUGAGCAUGGGCGUGCAUGCGCAGAGUGUCAAAAUGACAUGGGGGGGCGGAGUCUGCUACCGAGCUGCAAAGGUAAGCAAACAGCAAGGGGAGGGGAGUCCGCUCUGCUACGCGAUUUAGAUUAGCUAGAGAGCAAGAAAUCCUGCUUUCUAGCUAAUUUAAAUCACGCAGCACAGCUGAUC